GCGAACAUUCUGCAGUGAUCGACUAUCGCGCUUCUCUCGGUUCAUUACAGAUCUUUAAAAAUAUGACACAGUUUAUUUUACUGUAAUCAACUGUGUCGGUAUGAGUACUUUCGUGUUUCUCUGAAGACUUAAAAGAAAUCGAAGUUAGCAAGUAGGUGACAUCUGGCUGCUCGAUUCCUUUCAUUGAAUGAAGUUUAGCACCAAUUAGCGUUUAUUUUGUUUCGAUACCCAUACAGAAUUAAACACGCAAAACAUUCGAUCAGAAGCAGUUGGACACGUUCUUAUAAAUCUGCAGGUUAACGGUGACGAGCUGGCGCAGGUCGUGGGUUGUCCGUGGAUAAUGCGAGACAGUGGUGGUAGCCUGGCCCAGAAUCGCUGGCAGGGAGACCUGGGUCUGACUGCUGUAGGGCAGGACGACACAGUAGGAGAUGGGAUUCCUGGAGAUCACCUCAUAGUUCCAGUGUCAGGCCACAACAUACCCAGCCCCAUGCACCUCAGACUGGGGCAGAAAGAGAUGGUGUGGAGAGGUGAGUUUGUGGACAAGGAGGAGGAUGGGAUGGGCAUGAUUGAGGCAAUAGGUGAGGAAGAUGACAACAAUCUGGAUGCAGAGGGUGAAUUUGAGGUUUGGGAUAACAAUGAAGAAGAAGAAGCGGAGGUGGAAGGGGACCAUGCAGAAGUGGUGUGGGACAUCCCAGACUUUCCCUCCCAGUCCACCCAGCACCUUCAUUCACAAAAACACCAAUAUUAUGGACCACUGCCAAAGGCAGAAGAAGGUGAUGAUGUCUCUGUAGAGGAUACUGUCUCUCAGUCUGUAACAGGGGACUUGUUCAGGUCCCAUUUCAGCAGAUACAGGGUUCUGAGGAGGCUCAGGCGCUGGCAACGUUUGCGUUCCCAUGGAGGCCAUGGAUUUCGGCUCACCCAACACUGGAAGAGCUGGCGGCAGCGGGCCCAGUGGGUCUGCUCCCUUGGGCACCGUUGGAGCCUGAGAGGGCAAAGGUACAGUCUAUAUGGGAAGCAGAGGAGGAUAAGAAGGUAUCGGCAAGCCCCAUACCCUGAUGGAGAAAAUGACAGCACUGAAGAGAGAGUCACAGAGUCUGAGAGAGAUAAACAGACAAAUGGUUGCUCUCCAGAGAGGCAGGAGGAAAGAGGGAGACGGGGACUGGAGGAUAAACCAGUGGAGCUGGCUCUUACUGAGGAACACAUGAAUUGUGUGACAGGUAUUCUUGAGGAGUCUCUACAGCAGUAUGGCAGUUUGAUUCCCAUCCAUGUUGAUGACCUUGUGGAAAAGCUUCAGGAGAUCUUCAAUGAGAGCUUCUCACAGCCACACAGGAAAGCAGUGGUCCAUCACCUAAUACAAUCCUUUCAGCGUUCGUCAGGAUCAGCUCUGGCUAAAACAUUCAGGGUCAACUACAAACGCCAUGUUCUGACCAUGGAUGACCUAGGCACUCUGUAUGGACAGAACUGGCUCAACGACCAGGUUAUGAACAUGUAUGGUGACCUAGUGAUGGAUUCUGUACCAGAGAAGGUUCACUUUUUCAACAGCUUCUUUUAUGAUAAGCUAAGGACAAAAGGCUAUGAAGGAGUCAAACGGUGGACUAAAAAUGUUGACAUCUUUCAGAAGGAUCUGUUGUUGAUCCCCAUCCAUCUGGAGGUCCACUGGUCGCUGGUCAGUGUUGACAUAUCUCGCCGAGCCAUUACAUACUUUGACUCCCAGCGGACCCUCAACAGACGCUGCCCAAAGCACAUUUUUAAGUAUCUGCAAGCUGAGGCCAUCAAAAAAGACCAACAAGACUUUUUGAUGGGAUGGAAAGGAUUUUUCAAAAUGAAUGUGGGUCGUCAAAACAAUGACAGUGACUGUGGGGCCUUUGUGCUACAGUAUUGCAAGUGUCUGGCAUUAGGGCAGCCAUUCAGCUUUGGCCAGCAGGAUAUGCCCCGGCUGAGAAGGCAAAUGUACAAAGAACUGUGUCACUGCAAGCUCUCUCUGUGACCCACCAGCCCCAUCCCAUCCCGCCAUCUCCACCUGCUCCCACCCCUGACUCAUGAAGAUGGAGGGACAAUGAUAUAACAAGAAGAGAACAAGGGAGCAAAUGAUUGACUAGAAAAAGAGGAACUUUUCAAAAAACUUUUAUUUUUCUCUGCCAAUAAUCAGAGAAAUUACUUCUACUGGUGUUCACUGUAGGUGAUGUCACUGUUUCACUUUGUUUUGUCUCCCUUUGCUUCCCUCUUCACCCUUUGCCAAUUCUGAUUUAAUUUCCAUGUCAUGGUUAUUCCUUUGUGGUUGACAGAGGCCAAGACUAGCUUCCGUUUUGGGAAUGUUCUAAUCUUCCAUCCUAUCAUAGUCCACUUGCAUUUUUCAGUCUGAAUGGGAGCUGAUGGACAUGGUCAUUUAGAUAUCUUAAGAAUCCAGUCCAGAUUUAAGGUUGGACCACAGUUAGUCCAACCUUAACUGCUACUCCCCUGUAAGAUGGCUGAACAGUGAGUGUAUGAGGUAAUGGCAGUGGACACCAAAAAUAUUUGAACCAGUUUAUGUAAGCUUGUAAUUAAAUAGUAUCAGUGGAUUUCCAUGCCUUCGAUCCAUUCAGUCUACACAGUAUGUUGUGUUCCAUUCCAUAUGUUAAAAGUCUGAAACUCUCGGCUAACAUCAAAACAGAGAUAAACAUUGAUCACCCAAUAUAAAGUGCAACCCCCCACACUAAAACCAGUGUUAUGUUGCUGAUGCUAUAUAUCUAGUCAGCACAUGUUUGCCAUGUAGUGCAGUGGGACAUUUCAAACAUUUUCCUCAAAGAUAUUUAGAUGGGUUUAAGGUGAUACUGAAAAUGGAACUUGCAAUGCACAAUUGAUGCUGCCAUGUGGACCAUUCCAGCUUUGAGUUCUGAUGUGAAUCUGAUCUGAAUAGCCAUAAUAGUGACCUUUGUCUUUGAGGGAUAUCAGAUUAUACACAACAUCUGUGGAACAUGCUACAUAUUGACCCCUAGGCCAUAAACGUCCUCUGCCUCCACCUUCACACUCAUAGAAAUUGAACAUCUUCACAUUGAGACUGGUUCAUCCUCUGUGGAUUGCCACCCAAGUACAAGCCAGAAUGACAAAUUGGCCCAAAGAGGCGGUGUCUUUACAUUGCAUUUAUCUUUUUCCUGAGUCUUUAUCUCUGUCAGUAAAUGUGUUGCUAUGCUUUUUGCUUUAAACAAACUGUUUUAAAAGGAGGACUGCUAAUUUGUUGUUAUUGGAGUAAGUACAAAGAAGAACCUCUGGUGAGUAUUUCUUUUAAAGCUUGAGAUCCAUUUUGGUGAGGACCAUGACAGCUUCACAACAGACCCAGUGUGUCCAACAGUGGAGUUACAGUACCCUCCUCUACUCUUCUUUUUAUAACAAAAGACAAUUUUGUUGAGAGCUCUGUGUGUGUAUGUUGUUUUUCCCUAGUUUUUUUUUUUUCCAAACAGGAGUUAAUGCAACAGAGUUGACAGUUUUAUAUAUCUUCUACAAUGCAUUAUGGUUGCUAAAAAUAAAAAACAUGUGGCAAAC